GCGAGCUCAGUAUCAUCUCCAGCACAAGCCAACAAGAAAAAAACAUGGACUGGGCUAGAGAUCAGUACAACAAGCAAUACAACGCCUGGGUACCAUGGCUAGAGGACCUCUAUCUCCGCUAUUUCACCCGCGACAAUAAGGCGAGCUACACCACGCGCAAUAACCUCGGCAAGACCAAGGUAACAAACGUGUCCCAGGUAGACGCCCUCCAGGACUCGGCCAACGACGUCGUCGCAGACCAGAUCGGGCAGGACGGGCUCGGCCGGCCCGUCGGCGACCACGUCUCGCACGAGGGCAUCAACCGCGUCGAGAGGGAGGGCAAGGACGACAAGGGCCGCUACGUACCCGCGCCGGAGGGUGUUAGCGGCCCCCUGGAGGCGGUUUCCGGAGCAGGGAAUGCUGUCGUCUGCGGGCUUGUCGACUGAGGAAGGCAGGCUGCCGGUGCGAUUGGAGGCUUGGUUGGGCGAUAGACAUGGCGGGCACGUGGGAAAGGGUUUAUGGGGAGGUGGGGAGGUUCAGGUAUUAAAGGGCGGACUCUUUUUGUGCGCCUGCCUAAUAGCGCGUUUCCAACCUACCUUAGGCAGGUUUAAACGAUGGUCGCCUGCAAUUGGAAUACUUGGGGGACC